UCUAUCUGACACUCUGAAACUUCAAAAAACCCCAAAAAGCUAAUUUCAGUUAAACCCCAAAUCAGGCCUUCAAACCCUUCUCACCAAAUCCUCGAAACCCACAUCCAAAAUGUGGCCAAAAAUCUUCAAAAGCACCCAAAAUUUCUGUGGUUUAGAUUUCGGAUUUUCUCAUUACCAGCGGCUGCAAUUCUCGUCCAUGCAUGCUGCGUCUCACCGCUUUUCAGAGUUUCUAAAUUGGAUGAUUCACCAUUGUUGAGUUUGUGCAAGGAGAGGGAGGAGUUGAUUAUGGCUGCUGCAGAUUGCCGGUAUGCUCUAGCUUCCUCACACAUUUUGUACAUCCGAGCCCUCUUGGAUGUGGGCGAUGCUCUUUCUCGGUUUGUUGAUGAAGGGGUGGUGAGUAGUGUUGAUCUGCCACAGAAUUCAGUAUCUAAGGAGUGCCGGGACCCAGAGUGCAUUGAUGAGUCUCAGACUUCAGCCUCUGAUGAUGAGUCCCGUUCUUCAGUGUGUAAUGAUGAGUCACCAAUUUCAGUUUCUAAUGAUGAGAUCUUGGGGGAGGAUGCACACUUGGUAUUUUCUCUCUCAGACUCUGAUUCUGAUUCUGAAUUGGGGUCGUUACCAAGUAAUUUUGAUUUUGAUGAAAUGGAAUUGCUGGGACUUUCUUCAGUGAGGGAUCAAUUUCAAACUAGUCCUAAUCCAAAUGUAUCCCAUGUGAAGUCACCCGUGCAGGCACCCUCCACAGUAUAUGAGCAUCAUCCAGUUUAUCCUGUGACAGUUCAGUGGCAAGAAUCAUCACGAUCAGCCCCAAGGCAUCCCAGGUUUGGAAAUGAGGCAUCCUCCUUUGUUCCUAUUAAUGUGCCGCUCUAUGAUCUUAUACACCCUCAAGAUGGAAAUAGUGCAUCUUCUUCUGCUCCAAUGAAUGUCCCACACUAUGAUCUUAUGCGCCUUCAAGGCAGAAAUGGGGCAUCCUUUGAUGCUCCAAUCAAUUUUCUGCGGGAAGAUCUUAGGCACCUUCAAGGUGGAGAUGGGGCAUCUUUUGAUGUUCCAAGUAAUUCUCCAUCCAGGGGUCUAAGGUUCCCUCAGUAUGGAAAUGGGAUGCCUCUGGGGGUUUCUAUGGAUAUAUGGCAUCGUGUCUCUCAUGGCAGUCAGGUACAGAAUACUCCCUCUGCUCCUGUUCUUAUGUCUGCUCAACCUGAACUCACUAGUUGGGAGUACUUCAAUCCCUUUAGUUCGAUCGAGGAUAUAUGUCUCAACUACUAUUCUCAGGAUAGAUAUGAAACUGAGUCUAGUAAUAAUAUCCCUCAUUUUAGUGAAGUGAGACAGAGGGAUGGGAUUCCUGUCUUGGAAGAUGAACUGAAGCAAGAUCCAGUGAAAGAAGCUCCAGAGAAGAUACAACUGGAGGGACAUGUAAAAGGGGGUUAUGGUGAUGGUGUUUCUGAGACUGUACCACUGAGAAAUGAAGGGGAUGCAGGGUUAGCUUCAGCAAAAGAGCUUAAGAGUGGACUCAAUGCCACUAAAGGCAUUGAGGGCGAAGCUAACACUGCUGAGGAGGGCAGUUCUGAUGCCCUUGAAUCAAAGACCAUGGAGGAGGAGAAUGACAGGAAGAAAGGGAAGAGCCUUCAGGAAGUGGUCAAGGAAAUUAAAGGUGCAUUCCUGUCCACCUUUAAUUAUGGGAAAGAAGUGUCCAUGCUGCUGGAGGCAGGCAAGCUGCCUUAUCAGUAUACAGGCACCAUAUUUAAGGUGGUCUCCUCUCGGAUCUGGGAUUGCAUUGGUCCUUCAUCCUCCACUCAUCUGCCGUCAAGACAGUCAAUUUUCAGAUCCUUCAAAAUUGCUAAUGCUAACAAGAAGGAUCUGGAGAUGGAUGUUUUCAUUAAAUCUGGAAACCUCUCAUCAACUUUGGAGAAGCUGUGUGUGUGGGAGAAGAAACUUUAUGAGGAAGUUAAGGAUGAAGAGAAACUUAGGGUUGUGUAUGAUAAGGAAUGCAAGAGGCUCAAAGAUUUGGUUCAGAAAGGUGCUGAGUCUAGUAAAGUUGAAGUAGUUUCUGAUUCAGUUCAAAGAUUGCUUUUAAAAAUCAAUGUUACUAUGACUGCUGUUGAUGCAAUAUCAAGGAGGAUAAACAAGUUACGGGAUGAAGAAUUGCUGCCACAACUGAGUGAAUUGAUCCAAGGAUUGAUAAGAAUGUGGACAUUUAUGGCCGAGUGCCACCAGAAGCAGUUGCAGGACAUCAUGGAGGCAAAUCCUCAUGUUCAAGUGGCAAGUUGUGGAAUUACAGGAGAUUCCAGCUUGAAAGCAACUCUGAAGCUGGAGAUGGAGUGCCUGAAAUGGGCAAAAUGCUUUGGGGAUUGGGUCAAUGCCCAAAAAUCCUUUGUCAAAUUCUUGAAUGGGUGGCUUCUCAAGUGCAUAAUUCAAGAACAAGAAAAAACUCCUGAUGGCAUUGCCCCUUUCUCUCCAGGCAGAGUAGGGGCUCCAGACACUUUCAUUGUCUGCAAGGACUGGUACCAGGCAGUUGAGAGGAUGUCAGAAUCCCGAGUAUUCGAAGCCAUUCAUGACUUUGCCUCGAGAUUGCACCAGCUGAGGGAGAAGCAAAGUGAGGAACAUCAGCAAAGAGUCAAAGCAGAGUAUCUGUUCAAGGAUUAUGAGAGAAGGGUAAGAUCUUUCUAUGAAGAAAGAGGGAUAAAUUGGGGUGGUAAUGUAACUGCAGCCAGUGGAGUUGCAGGGCUCGAUGAAUUGGACGGGACGAUAGAGUUAAUGAAGAAGAGAUUGGAUAAGCAAACGAUAAGACAUGGAGAAGCCAUGAAACAAGUUAAUGAUGCAGCUUCAAGUAGCUUAAGGAGUGGUAUGAUCUCGAUUUUUGAGGCAUUGGAGAGCUUCUGUUUAGACAGCUUGCGAGGGUAUGAGCAAAUAAGGAACCCGACGUGAGAGGAAGGAUAGAGAGAUGAAAUUUUGUUCUAUUGUUUUUCUUGUUUGAUGAGUUUUCAAAAGCUGUACAUGUAGAGAAUAAAACUUUUGUUAGUCAACAGUGUUUAGCCAUAACCAAACUCUGAU